GUCAUUUGACAAGGCAAAACACGGCAGUAGAGCAAAAAGACUAUCAGACGAUAGACAUGGACCAUCCUCAUCGAGUGGACAGAGUGGGCCUGUUGUCUCCCCUGGAGGAGUCCAGCGCUGAGAUAAGCAGAGACAGCGGUAUCGUGUCCCAGAGUGCCAGCAGUCUGUCCAUGGUGAGUGAAAUCCUCAGCAGCGGGACCGUGUCGCAGAGUCCGAGCUUUGGCGCAGCAGCUAACGUUAUCCCUCAGAGCCCGAGCCACAACGAAGCAGCAGAGCCCGGGACAUCCGAGCAGCACUACCCAGAACAGGACGACGAAAUACUGAGACACACCGCCCUCAGCUACUCCGCCUACAUCAAGGCGACAGCUGGAGAAGAGAUCCUGUGCUUGGAGAAGAGUUUAGAAGAAAUGCUGACGAGGGUGGAUGAGUUUGUUGGAAUGCUGGACAUGAUCCGUAAUGACACAUCCCAGAUAGUGAAUGAAAACCUACCUCAAAUUCAACAGAAGUCUGAUGAAAUGAGACAAAUAUACAGAAGAAUUGAUAAGUUAGAGGCCUUUGUAAAGAUGGUGGGAGCCAAUGUUAAUGCGAUGGAGGAGCAGGUCACACAGGCAGAAGGAGAACUGGGAACACUGCCUGGUGCUUUCAAGAAAAUUCUUCGCACAAUGACUGUACCAGGCUUCCUUAAUAAACCAUCCAGCCCAAGAAGACCAGCACCACAUCAACGUCAAGAGAUCCCCAGUGUGUUCCGGACAGAUGAUUAUUUCCCAUCACAGCCAGAGCAGUGACACAACAGAGCAUUUAACACACAACUUGGUUCUAACCUCAGAGGCCUGCUUGGUGAAACUAUUGAGAGAACUUUUACUGCCAUCCAUUGCAAGAGGAACUAUCUGUGCAAUGGCCUCAAAUAAGCAAUAGUAGCCUUUAUGAACAAGAAACAGGAAGUCAAGUGUGUAAAGACAUUCAUCGUUUUGAGUGUCACUUUACUGGCAGCAACAAGCGAGCACUGAACUGUAGCAAAAGGAUUUUAUAAGUGCCUCAAUGGGUCUUAUUUCUGUCUUGUUUCACGUGAGGAAAAAAUAUCAGAUGAUGUUGGAUUUGUGACAAUUCAGGAGGUAAAAGUCAUCCAACAUGCCUAUAGGACACUGUAAAGAUGGUACUAAAGAAUGAGCUCUUCAGACGUAUCACAUGAAGAAUUAACCCAGCUUUUUUUAUAAAUUACAUUCCUGUAAAUGGUGUUUGUAAAGACCUGCACGCUGUUAAUGAAUUGAUAUGUAUUUCUAAUGUCUCAGCACUCUCCCCAAACAAGAUCAGUCUCAUCCAGUUAAGCAUUUAAUGUCUUCCAUUUAAAAAUAUUCACUUUUUUCACACACUUUACAGGGGAUGGAUACCAUUUGAUAUGGCACUACAUUGUGAUAGCACCUUUUUAAAAAAGCACAUCAAAGAUGAGCUGUCCUGGUUAGAUUAUGAUGAUUGAAGUUUCUGAAGGAUGGACUUGUGUAUGAAUUUUGUAACCUUGGAUCUGGUCACUGGGAGAUAGCUGUACCUUAGAAAUGUGAUAUUGCCAUUACCAAUCCCAAAAAUUACAACUUUCAUUAUUUGAUUAUUUGCCAAAGUAGUUUUUAAAAAGAGAUUUUUCAUUUAUUUUCUGUUGAUGUUUUUAAAGUAACCAUUAAAGAUUUA